CUGCCGUAUUGUCCCACAUGCUUGCUUCACUCAGGAAAGCAGGUUCUUUCACCCGCGCUGUGUCUGCGGGCCAGAGGCGCUUCCUCUCCAUCCAUGAAUACCAGUCCGUAAAUCUCCUCAAUUCGUACGACAUACCCACACCGAAAAGCAUCGCUGCGAAAACACCACAGGAAGCUUUCGAAGCUGCUCGGGUCUUUGGAAAGGAUGGGUCUGUCAUCAAGGCGCAGGUGUUGGCUGGCGGCCGGGGGAAGGGAAAGUUCGAUAAUGGUCUUCAGGGAGGUGUGCACAAAGUUGAAUCCCCUGAGCAAGCUAGGGAUUAUGCUUCCAAGAUGCUCGGUGCCAAAUUGAUUACAAAACAAACUGGUGCUGGAGGCCGAGUCUGUAAUGCUGUAAUGCUCGCGGAACGCCGUGAUCCCGCGCACGAGUACUACGUCGCACUUCUCAACGAUCGUGUUUCUCAAAACGUUGUCCUCGUGGCGUCUGCACAAGGUGGUAUGAAUAUCGAAGAAGUCGCGGCGAAGGAUCCCGAUGCCAUCAUUACCACACCCAUACCUCUCGCGACGGGUCUCAGCAAGGAGUCUGCCCUUGAAGUUGCCAACAAGCUGGGUUUCAAAACCCCUGAGGCCAAGCAAGAAGCAGCUGAUAUCUUCGUCAACCUGUAUAAGAUCUAUAAGGACAAGGAUGCCACGCAGAUUGAGAUUAACCCUCUUGCUGAGACCACGGACGGACAUGUGUUAUGUAUGGAUGCCAAGUUCGGCUUCGAUGACAAUGCGGAGUUCCGUCAGGGGGAUAUCUUUGCGCUUCGUGAUAUCUCGCAGGAAGAACCCUCUGAGGUCGAAGCUCAGAAGGCUAAUCUGAACUUCAUCAAGCUCGAUGGCAAUAUUGGCUGCUUGGUUAACGGUGCAGGCCUUGCGAUGGCCACAAUGGACGUCCUCGCAUUGCACGGUGGCCAACCCGCAAAUUUCCUGGACGUUGGAGGGGGUGCGACCCCAGAGACCGUCAAGAAGGCGUUCGAGAUUCUCCUCUCUGAUCCCAAAGUCAAGAGCAUCUUCAUCAACAUUUUCGGCGGUAUCAUGCGUUGCGACUACAUCGCCGAGGGAGUCAUCAAAGCAACUAAGGAGCUAUCUCUUAAAAUCCCCUUGGUUGUUCGCUUGAAGGGUACGAAGGAGACUGAGGCUAAGGAAAUGAUCCGCCAGUCUGGCUUAAAGAUCCUUCCUUUUGACAGCCUGGACGAGGCCGCAGAACGUGCAGCUCAGCUGGCCGCCGCAUAGAAACUGUAGAUCUCAUGGUUUAUAGACCUUGUUAUCUUGCGGUCGCAAUAGACUAAUAUUCGCAAACGUACGCUUGUACAAGG